AUGGAGUCUCCAACUUGGCCGGAGAGUUUGCCGAUUAACCGGAAAAAAGCUAUUCAGGAACUCACCCAAGGCCAAGAAUGGACUGAUAGGCUUCGAGAAAUCCUUCAACGGUCGGAAAACAUCGAGGCUGACCCAACAUCACUCGAUGGUAUAGUGGAACAAAUCUUGGGGAUGUUCGACAACACCCUCUCGAUAAUUGGUUCUUGGAGUUCCAAUGAACGUUUUCAGCUCCCGGCUAGUUAUUUGCAGAAGUCAAGAAAGCCUGACGAGCCUUUUUUAUUGCAAACAAGUUAUUUGCAAUCCUUUUGUAGCUCCGAUGAGCAGAUAUCAAGAAAACCUAUAGCUGAUGAUCCUUUGCGGCUCCAAUCGAGUUAUCUGGAAUCCUUGCAUAAAUCAAGAAAGCCUGGCGAGAGUACAAAAAUGAUAAUACCGAUGAAAAUUAAAAGGGGAUGUUAUAGCAGAAAAAACUCAUGGACAUCUACGCAAGUAACUUCGGUUUUGACUGAUGAUGGACAUGCAUGGAGAAAAUAUGGUCAAAAGAAGAUUCUCGAGUCAAAACAUGAAAGGAGCUAUUACAGGUGCACCUACAAGCUUGACCAAGGAUGUCUAGCAACCAAACAAGUUCAAAAGAUUGAUAAUGAGCCACCGUUAUAUAAGAUAACCUACAUGAGAAGCCAUACUUGUAAGAAUUUACAACGCGCUUCGCAAAUAAUUUUGGAUUCUCGAGAUCCCACCGAUACCUCGAUCCUUCUUAACUUUGAAGCAAAGGGGAUCACGGGAAAGAAACAAGUUAGCCCUCAUUUUCAAACCAUGAAACAUGAUCCUGAGGAUGGUUCUCUUUCCCUAGGUCAUUGGAGAGACAACGGGUCUAUACCUUCCAAUAACUAUCUUUCAUGGAAUCUGAAUACACAAGUUUCACAAAUUCCAUUAGAAUCAAUAUCUAUGUCAAUAAGGUUAGAUCAUGAGGACAUGGUCUCAUCAUGUGUAUAUUUGGGGUCGGAGCACGGGGAUAUGACAUCCUCAGAGGCAUAUUCAUCUAUGGCUAGCCCCCAACGGCAUCCCUAUGCAUCCUCAGAGGCAUAUUCAUCUAUGGCUAGCACCCAACGGAAUGAGAUGGAUCAUAUGCUUGGAAGGAAUGAUUUCAACGGUUUUUCAUUUUGAGUUUUAUAAUAUUCAAGUUACAAACUAGGUAAUAAAUGUAAACUCGUUUUAUACAUUAAGUUUUAAAUUCGUGUAUGAACGUAUUAAGAGAUCAAUCUAGUAGGAAUCCUUAUUCA